GAUUAAGUGCCGUCCGGAGAGUGUCUUUUCUUCACUUCGUUUCUCUCUAACAUUCGUGAUCGAUGUGUAUUUUUACCAUCUGUCGUUUAUCUUUCACUCCAGUUGUUUGACCAAAACUAUGCCGUGCUGAAAGACAGCCGGCUUGCAGGGGAGGUGGAUGUCUGGCACAGCAGCUGCCCGAGCGUGCUGUCAGCAGAACCAGUAGUUCUAGACCCCGGAUAAGGCAGCUGCUGUAAACGAGAAGGGUGGUUUCGAGGAGUAGCUGCUGACCUCCGUUGGACAACUACAACAGACCAAAGAGCCAUGCUCCGCGCUACCCAGAAAAUAACCGUCGCAAAUGCGGCAAUGCGGCAGCAAACGCGUCGGUUCGCCGACAGCGCAAAAGCGGUUGUGGAGCCAAGUGAGACUUUAAAGCAGAAGGCGAUGCGAUGGCUGGACAUUUUCGGCACGCAUACACGAUACUGGAAUAGGAGAGCGUGGGUGAUGGACCUGCAUCCAAAUGGUGCUGAGUGAGUUCUUUUGUUUAUUUCCUGAACCUGCAAGUGUAACAGCAGCGAGCAGGUCUUCUCUUGAAUGAUGAAGGCAUUUGUUCCGAUUCUUGAUUCUGGUGUUGAGUCGCACUUCAAAAUAACCACAUGACACUACAGAUCGAGUUUGGGCACACAUGUGGACGGAGUACGACCGAAAAGUUGGAUUCUUCAUGUUCGGAAUGUGGACAUUCAACAUGAGCGUGGCGUGGCUGUACUUCUCGAAUUUAUCUUUUCAUUUUCUACCAGUUUAUCAUGCGAGUCUAUCUGAAGGCCAAACUUUGACUUUCAUGCGAAUCCUCGCUGUAGCAUCUUUUCAGUUUCACGUACUUGUAUGAAUCCAUGAAAACCUCCGCCAGGUACCUGCAAAACAACGUCCAAGAGAACCAUCGCGUGAUGUCUGCGCCGUUCCCGCUCCCCUACGCCUACGGGGCGGAAAUGGAGCCGCGGGAUAACUGGAUCAGUGCGGCAGAUGACGUUUUCUACUCCCAGUGCAAGGACUGCAGGAACAUGGACUGGCAGUGCAAGAGGAUUUGCUUCGAUCGGUUGCGGGACAUGGGUACGUUUGAAAUUGAUGCCAUCAACUAUGUAUGCUGAAGCUGAUGUUCAUUGUGCAUGACAAAGUAAGUAAGUAGAUUAGAAGCUGAAGCGCGAUUAGAUUACCAUUAUGGUUGUCGUGGUUGACCGCUGCAAUACAAAUUAUCAGGUUACCCGAUCUGGGGCUUCCAGCGUUCCAUCGUCGAGGUUGGGUCCCAUCGUUUCUUGCCGGAAAACAAGAUCACGUGGGAGCCGCAGAUUGCCUGGGCCAAAAUGUUCGGAUCGAACAACGGAUCUCAGUCGUCGCAUUAAAAUGUUGACAAGUGGAGGAGAUGAUGAUGAAGACGUUCUUCCCGAAGUGAAAGAACUAAAACGAGAAAGAAACUUUUCAUUAUGCAGUCAUCACGGCUACCUACAUAUAUUUUCAACAAGAAUUACAAGAAGGAGGAAGUAAAAGCUCUAAGCGCUGUUGCGUUCCUGUGUUAGUCUGAGUCUGAUGUGAGUGUGACGCGUUGAGGACCUCAUUUAUACGCAAUUGAAUUC